AACGGAGCCGAAAAGAGCCGAACGGAGCCGAGCGGAGCCGAACCGCGGCCGCUCAGUGUCUAUAAAAGACUGCUGAAGAUGGGAGGCGCAGUGAGUGCUGGAGAAGAUAAUGAUGAAUUAAUUGAUAACCUGAAGGAGGCACAGUACAUCAGGACAGAACUGGUGGAACAGGCCUUCCGAGCCAUUGAUCGAGCAGAUUACUACCUGGAAGAGUUCAAAGACAAUGCCUACAAGGACUUGGCAUGGAAGCAUGGGAAUAUUCAUCUCUCAGCACCCUGCAUUUACUCUGAGGUGAUGGAAGCUUUGGAUCUGCAACCAGGGCUGUCAUUUCUGAAUCUUGGCAGUGGCACUGGUUAUCUGAGUUCUAUGGUUGGACUCAUCUUGGGCCCCUUUGGUGUGAACCACGGCGUGGAGCUCCACUCGGACGUGAUCGAGUACGCCAAGCAGAAAUUGGACUUCUUCAUAAAGACAAGCGACAGCUUCGACAAAUUUGAAUUUUGUGAGCCAUCCUUUGUUACUGGCAAUUGUCUAGAGAUUUCCCCGGACUGCACUCAGUAUGACCGUGUUUACUGUGGUGCUGGAGUACAGAAGGAACACGAGGACUACAUGAAGAACCUCUUGAAAGUUGGAGGAAUUCUUGUCAUGCCUCUGGAAGAGAAGUUGACUAAGAUAACUCGUACUGGCCCUUCUGCCUGGGAGACCAAGAAGAUUCUUGCUGUUUCUUUUGCUCCUUUGAUUCAGCCAAACCACGCAGACUCGGGAAAAUCCAGGCUUGUUCACUUGCCCCCCGUGGCCGUUCGCAGCCUGCAGGACCUGGCUCGCAUCGCCAUCCGGGGAACCAUUAAGAAAAUAAUUCAUCAGGAAACAAUGAGCAAAACUGGGAAUGGGCUGAAGAACCCCCCGAGAUUUAAACGGAGGCGCGUCCGUCGCCGGCGCAUGGAAACGAUUGUUUUCUUGGACAAAGAGGUCUUCGCCAGCCGGAUCUCCAGCCCGUCAGAUGACAACAACAACAGCGAGGACAUCGAGGAGGAGAGGCAGGAAGAGGAAGAAACCAAACCCUCUGAACUAAAGCCAGACCCUCCUGUAAACUUUUUGAGAGAAAAGGUCUUGAGUCUGCCUUUGCCCGAUCCCUUGAAGUAUUACUUGCUUUAUUACAGGGAGAAGUAGUUUCCUUCUUCUAGGAAGUGGGAAGUAGGCAGGAAAUAAAGUACUACUUAGGGCUUGACAAAUGUACACCACUUGCUUGCCUGCAAAUGUGACCACCCAAGGCAGUAGGCUGGGGAAUGUGGCUGCUGUAAACUUCAACAUUAUAGCUUUUUUGAGUUUCUUCGUCCUUCUCAGUUGUGUGCUAUAGUUUUAUCCUACAGCAGGGAUUCCUUAGGAAGCAAGUUGGUGAAAUGCUCAGCUGCUUAUGGAAAGGAGGAUUUAAUUCCCUUGAAACUAACUGCACAGAGAUACUCUAAAAAUCUCACAGCUGCUCUACCAAGUAUCAGUUUUGAAAAACUCUGAAGCAGUUCCCCAAAGACCUUUCCUGUCUGUGCUCUCUCCCACUAAACCUGCCAUGUGUUUAUCAUGGUGUGUGUUUAAUGGAGGAUGAAGAUUAUUAGUAAAAACUGACCUGGCCAAUCUAGUUUCUUCCAGUAGUCUGAAAAAGCACAACUUUUACAGAAAGGAAAGAAAUUUUUGGCAUUACCCUUGUGGCAUCCAGGUUUUGAAUGAGAAGGAAAGCAUCAGCUCCUCUUGGGUUGCUCUGUUUUACUUAUAAACUAAAUAUAAUUUUUCAGUAAAAAGCAAAAGUGUUUUACAGAAUACUGGUUUUCUUAAUUGGAAACACCUGUUCUAGUAAAUGAGUUGGGGUUUUUUGUGGUUUUGGGGUUUUUUUUUUGGUGUUUUCUUUUUAAAGCGAUGGAGGCAAGUGAGGAAUUGCAAAGCUUCUUGGCUUUGACAGGAUGCAGGGGUUGUCAAAGUUGGGACUGUGAUCUCUGAAAUUUUACAGAGUAAUUCCAAAUGGGGAGGAGGGUAGAGAAGAGCUGCAGAGCAGUGAGUUUGUGAAAACUGACUGUGAAAGCAGAAUCUGGGGGUUUUGCUGUCGUGUGAGAGAAGUGUGAUCAUCUGGGCUGAACAGAGUGAAGUGCAGAGCGCCAGCCUGAGAGGUAAAUUAGCCCAAUAUAGUUUUCUGGAGAGUAUCUACAGCCUGGAAACAGUCUAGAAAGGCAGACUGGUGCAGUUUCUAAGUGUUCUGUGUGUGCCCCUGCUGUGGCAAGGUGAGGUGACUGGAAUACAGCUUGGUACAGUUGUUUCAUUCCUGCAACAACCGAGAGGGUUGUUAACAGGCUCACAUGGAAUGACUUGGCACUCUGCAGUUCUGUGGAUGUGAGCUCUAAUUUUUAUUCCCAAGUCUUCCUGUCAUGGUGGUGGAAGGAGAUUCCGUGGUAUCACAGAAUGGUUUGGGUUGGAAGGGACCUUGAAGACCAUCUCAUUCCAAAUCCCUGCCAUGGGCAGGGACACCUUCCACUAGACCAGGUUACUCAGAUCCCCAUCCAGCCUGGCCUUGAAUAGUUCCAGGGAUGGGGAGUCCACAGUGUCUGUGGUCAAAAAAUACUGUGUUUAGAAGAGUUUUACUUGGUUCAGCCUGUUUGAAAAAUCUGCCUAAAGUGGUAAGGGCUGGAAAGGAACUUGAGUUUGUGUUGAUGUGAAAUACUCCUAAAGCUGGGGGGGGAUGAAAGGCCCCCUCUUGGUAGGUGGUGAAGCUGUGUUAAGGCAUUGCCCCAUCAAAAGCACUAAAGUUGGUAUCACUUUGGUAUCUUUUUUUUUGUGUGUGUGUGUGCUCUCUCCUCAUUCUCUGAGGAGGAAUGAAAGAAAGACUGUCUUGCCAAAAAUACGCCGGCUUUUCGGUGAAUGGUCCCGAGUUGCACAACUUGCUUCAGAGGUCUGAGUGGCUUUGAAAAUAAAUGGAUAACUCUUGUAUGCCUGAGCCUGAAGUGAAGAACUCUUCCUUGCUUUAUAGGAGUUCUGUGUAUCUUUGAGAAUAUCAUCUCCUAGUGCUCUAUCAUGUGGCUGCUGGCACAUAACACAGGCACAGGCUGUGUUUUGCCUCUGGUUUCCUAAGUCUCCACUUCUGGUCUAAAUGGAACCCCAAAUUAGCUUGCUCCCUCAGGUUUUUCUUUCUCUGUUUAAAGUGGGGCAGUUCUGUGGCCACUGAGCUGAUGGUUUCCUGUAAACGUUCAUGUACCCACCGUGUAAUUCCGGCAACUGCAGUGGAUUUGUUUCCACGGAUGAAUAUCCUGAAUAUGGUGGUAAAUAGAGGCGUAAUCUUUAUGUCAUUAUUCUCUGUGCUCCCACAAAGGCUAUGGCCCCUGUAUUUGUUAGACAUUUCUGCUUAGUAGGUGUCAUACCAGGUGCCUUUGUGUAUUAUGGCACAAUUUCCACACCUCUCUGUAGUUCAGGGUGCCUCCUGCUUUUGGCUAUCAGGUCAUCCUUUGGUUUAAUUAUGAAACUUUUAAAGAGUUCCUUUAAAAAUGACAUUAAACUUCAGGUUCUUACUAGUAGGCCUUCCUGAGAUUCUGUUAGAGCUGAUCAGUUGAGGGAGAAUUAUCUUUCAUUUAUCCCUGUUUGAUUUUUUUAUUCCCCAUCCCAGCCCCAGUUGUAAAAGAUAUUUUAUUGGAUUUUUCACCAGAUUUGCCUUUUUUAUUACAUUUUUGUAGCUUUCUAUAAGAUGCAUAAAUACUGCUAUUUUUUUCCUGGAUGAAGUUGAAUAAAUAAAUAUAUAUAUACAGGAAAUUUAUGUUCUAGGUUGUCAGAUUGUCCCCUUGUCCAAAAAAAACCCCACAGGUCCAAACAAACACAUAGUAGAAAUUUUAUUUGUAAUAUAACUGUGAAAUAGUAUUGCUUAUAGCCUGUAAAUAAGGGGAAACUGUAAAUACAUCUUCCCUGUGCACAAGCACUUGCACUGUAGUUUUGUAGCAUUUCUAGCAGAGGAAUUGUAUUAGAGCUGAGUUUGUAUGGUCUGUAAGCUGUCUAGGAAUUGUACCUGCUUUGUUUCCUUUUGUGUUCUAAGUAGUCAUCACUUUUAUUGUGACUCUUUUUAGGUUUCAAUCCUGCAGUAAAUUUUCAAAAGAACUGAACUUCAAGCUGCUUUAAUCAUGAGUGUGUAAGUUGAAAAAUCUCUGUGUUGAAACUAGAGUUAAAUUGGCCUGAGGCAUGCAGAAGUGUUACACAAUUUGAACUUUAUUAAUAAGUGUUUCUGUAUCAAUAAGUUCAGUAAAGACUUUUUAGCCUUCUUAACAUGGCUUUGCAUCAUGUUGUGCUUAGAAUAAUUUGUAGAUAAGUACUUAUUUCCAUGACCGAAGGUGAAGACAUUAGAACACUAGAAAAAACAGUUGGUGCAGGUGCAUAGUUCUAGAUGAACUCCUCAGAAGAAAAUCUCCUCAGAAGAAACCUGCCCAGCCCACGAGUUCCAAACCUUUAUGUAAUGCAGCUGUGCAAGAUGAUUUUUGGAAUCAGCACACACACCACUGAUCUGGAUUUAAUGCAUCAGAACAGUUAAAGAGUGAAAUUCUCUUACCUGGCUGAUCGACCUGUAGACAACAGAUACCCAGAGGUGAUUCAGUUCAUUUCUGCACUUCAAGGAAUUGCCUAAACCAAACAUGUCAGGAGUUUGUUCCGUGCAUUCUGACCUGCAGCUCCCCUCUUGUCCCCUGGGCUCUGCUUCAGUGCUUAAUUAAUGCAGAUUUUUGAGAGGUGGCGUUCAAAGCUUUCAUUCCUCUGGUACUGAGAAUAAUAUUUUGGCUUCAGCUGUGGUAGGAAACUGGUCACAACAGCAAAUACAGCUGCUGCUAAUUAAAUGAAUCUGUUAACCUUUAUUCCAUAGGAUAAUUGCCUGCCUGUGUGUUUCUUCCUGUCAUCUGUGUGUAUGAUAAAUGUCCCUUUACCAGCUAUAACAGGAGAUUAGUUUGAUGUUAAUGUUUUCCUUCAUGUGAUGCUUGCUGAAAGAAAAUCCUUUUCUGCUUUGGAAAGCCAUGGAUGUGUCAUGGAAAUGGUAUCGAGGAAAUUAAAUUUGUCAGAUGA